GCUAGAGAAAGAAAGAAAGAUCAUGGGGAGAGGAAAGAUUGAAAUAAAGAGGAUAGAGAAUUCAAGCAACAGACAAGUCACAUAUUCAAAGAGGAGAAAUGGUUUAAUCAAGAAAGCUAAAGAAAUCACCGUUCUUUGUGAUGCUAAGGUUUCUCUUGUCAUCAUAGGAAGCUCCGGCAAGAUUCAUGAGUAUUGCAGCCCAUCCACAACUUUACCAGAUAUCCUUGAAAGAUAUCACAAGCAGUCUGGAAAGAAGCUAUGGGAUGCCAAGCAUGAGAAUCUGAGCAAUGAGAUUGAUAGAAUCAAGAAAGAGAAUGACAAUAUGCAGAUUGAGUUAAGGCAUCUAAAAGGAGAAGAUAUUACAUCUUUGCACUACAAAGAGCUCAUGGCUUUGGAAGAUGCACUUGAAAAUGGCCUAAUUGGAGCUCGUGAAAAACAGAUGGAGAUCUACAAGAUGAUGAAGAAAAAUGAUAGGAUUUUGGAGGAGGAGCAUAAAGAGCUGAAUUUCGUGCUGCAACAAAGAGAGAUGGCUAUGGAACGUAGAGAAAUGGAACAUAAUGGCUACCACCAGCAACUUCAAGAUUUUGAGCCUCAGAUGCCUUUCACUUUCAGAAUCCAGCCAAUGCAUCCAAAUCUGCAAGAGAGAAUGUAACUCUCUAUAAAUCUAUGCAUGG